AUGAAGAUGGACCUAGAAGUGGACGUCCUAGAGUCACCACUGCGGCGCAAGAUAGGUGGGAAGCAGUUUUCUCCUGAAAGAUACAUACAAGAUAAACCAUGUGACCAGGAGGGCAGGUCAAUGGACAACCAACUUCACGAUGCAUGCUGGGAGGGGGACCUGAACAUGGUGAGACGUAUCUUGUCUGAGGGGCAGCUGGAUGUCAACAGCAGGGACAGGCGGGAAAGGACACCGGUGAUGGCGGCAGCUUGCGCAGGACAUAAGGACGUCGUAAAACUUCUCAUAAAUGCAGGAAGUAAUGUGUCACUUGUUGAAGAUCAUGGUUACAACAUUUUUCACAUAGCCACUUGUAUAGGACACUUGGGGAUGGUAAAGUAUAUCUUAUCACAGAAUAUCCUUGACAUCAACAGUAGGACGAAGUGCAACAGGACACCUGUGAUGAUGGCAGCAAACAGGGGUUAUAGAGAUGUGUUUGCCGUUCUUGUAAGUAAAGGAGCUGAUGUGUCAUUGAGAGAUCAACGUGGUAACAACAUCCUACUUUAUACCUGUGCUGGGGGACAGGUGGAGAUGGUGAAAUAUGUCCUCUCAAUGAACAAGGUAGACAUCAACAGAAGAGGACAACACGGAUGGACAUCAGUGAUGGUGGCAGCAAGACUGGGAAACAGAGAAAUCAGGGACAGGCGGGAAAGGACACCGGUGAUGGCGGCAGCAUGCGCAGGACAUAAGGACGUCGUAAAACUUCUCAUAAAUGCAGGAAGUAAUGUGUCACUUGUUGAAGAUCAUGGUUACAACAUUCUUCACAUAGCCACUUGUAUAGGACAUGUGGCGAUGGUAAAGUAUAUCUUAUCACAGAAUAUCCUUGACAUCAACAGUAGAACGAAGUGCAACAGGACACCUGUGAUGAUGGCAGCAAACAGGAGUUAUAGAAAUGUGCUUGCCGUUCUUGUAAGUGAAGGAGCUGAUGUGUCAUUGAGAGAUCGACGUGGUAACAACAUCCUACAUUAUACCUGUGCUGGGGGACAGAUGGAGAUGGUGAAAUAUGUCCUCUCACUGAACAAGGUAGACAUCAACAGAAGAGGACAACACGGAUGGACAUCAGUGAUGGUGGCAGCAAGACUGGGAAACAGAGAAAUGUUGGAUUUGCUUAUGAGUAAAGGGAGUAAUGUGUCACUGACGGCAAAGGAAGAAACCAACAUCCUUCAUGCGGCUUGCAUUGGGGGACAUUUGGAGAUGGUUAAAUACGUUGUCUCUCAAUAUUUUGUAGACAUCAAUAGCAGACGUUGGAAUGGGAAGACAGCAUUGAUGAUCUCAGCACAGUGGGCACAUAGAGAAGUGUUUGACUUCAUAUUGAGAAGAGGAGGUAAUAUGUCAAUGGUGACUUAUAAUGGCGAGAACAUCCUUCACUUGGUCUGUACUAAGGGAACUCUAGACAUGGUUAAGUAUAUCUUUUCAAAGAACCUUCUGAACAUUAACGCCAGGACGAAACAAGGAGACACAGCAGCGUUGAUUGCGAAACGAAGAAAGAACAGUUAA